AUGACUGUUUAUAGUUGGGGUCGUGGGGAAGAUGGUCAAUUGGGACUAGGAGAUACAAGUGAUCAGCAUCGUCCUGUACCUGUGGAUGCACUAGCAGAGCGUCGGAUUGUACAAAUUGGAUGUGGUAGUGGUCACACUGUCGUUCUUACAGAUGAAGGAGAAGUGUAUACAUGGGGAAGAGGUGAUGAUGGACGUCUUGGACAUGGAGAUAAUGGCUGGAAAUUUGUACCACGAUUGGUUGAUGAGUUACGAGGCAAGAACAUUCGUCAAGUUACAUGUGGAAGUUACCAUACAGCAGCUGUGGCAGUCUCUGGUGAUCUGUAUACAUGGGGUGGUGGAAUGUACGGGAAAUUAGGACAUGGCAAUGAGACGGGCCAUUCAACACCUUUUUUAGUAGAGACACUGAAGGGGAUGCAAGUACGACAAGUGGCCUGUGGUAGUCGUCAUACUGUGGUGUUACUAGAGAAUAAGGACGUGUAUACAUGGGGUGAUAAAGAGAAUGGUGUGUCGGGACAUGGAGAUACUGAAGGCCAUCAGUAUCUUCCAUGUCCAGUGGAAGAAUUACGUGGCAAUUCUAUUGUUCAGAUUUCAGCUUGUGGGUUCCAUACUGCAGCAUUAAGUGAAUCUGGAGAAGUUUUUACGUUUGGAGAAGGAAAAUUUGGACGUUUGGGACAUAAUACGGAACGAAAUCAACCUGUAGCACGUUUUGUAGAGGCUCUGGCGGGAAAACGUGUGAAACAAGUGGCCUGUGGUGGGUUUCAUACGGCAGCUGUGACGGAAACAGGAGAGGUUUAUACAUGGGGUGGAGGUGAACAUGGUCAACUUGGACAUGGCGACAAGGUGAACAAAACGGUUCCUACACGAGUGGAAAAUCUUAUGGAUAAACUGGUUGUGCAGAUUACGUGUGGAUGGAGUCAUACAGUCUCACUCACCGAUACAGGCGAGGUUUAUACGUGGGGAAAUGGAGAUCACGGCAAGCUUGGCCACAAUGACACUACUAAGGUCACGUUGCCAAAGCUAGUGGAUGUGCUUGAGGGGAAACGCGUGAUCAGUAUAGCAUCUUACAACGAACAUACCGUGGCCCUCGUGGACCCUGUAGCAAUGCUGCGUGCUUCCAUGCUGACAUCUUCGUACAUUGGAGAUAUGCGCCAGCUCAUUGACAGCGCUGAAUUUUCGGACGUAACGUUCCUCAUCGAAGGACGUGCCAUCCAUUCACAUCGUGCUAUAUUAGCCGCACGCAGUGACCACUUUCGUGCAAUGUUUUCAUCCGGCAUGCGCGAAUCUCAUGAGCAAGAAAUACCUUUGAUGCAUACUCGAGUGCCAGUCUUUCUAGCGCUACUGGAGUAUAUAUAUGUUGACUCGGUCAAUGUGGGGGCAGAAAUGGCGCUGGAGUUGUAUGCCGCUGCUGACCUGUACACACUGGACCGUCUAAAGGGCCUCUGCGAGAUUAUCGUGCAAAAGAAUAUUAAUGUUGACAACGCCGCUGCACUGUUCCAGUCUGCUGACGACCUGCACUCUUACCGAUUACGUGAGAUCUGCUUGUCGUACAUGGUGCAGAAUUUCGAUAUGGUCACAAAAUCUGACGGUUUUGCCAGUCUUUCACGUGACCUUAUCCUAGAGGUUUUGCAGAAUCGGUAG